AUGCAACCAGAGCCUACUGCCGUAUCUCAACAUACACCUCCCGUUGACUCAUCCCAAGCCAACCCCCGUGCCAUCCAGCAUGGACAUGACUUUGAUGAUAUUCAAGUCCCCAGUCUUCUCGCAAGAGAAGGUACUGGAGGCUCUGCAAAUGCCCUGGAUCAAACCCAGGGUGAGUACUCGCUGCUGAACGAGGUGACUCACAAUUCCUUGGUUCCGUCUCCUUCGGACCAUCGCAUCAGCCAGCAUGAGAAUGGUGGCACUCCCACUAACAAAAGGAAAGGUGCUGGUCUCGAAUUUCGAGUAGCAGUCUUCACUAGCCAGUCCCAGGCCUCUUUGGAGGCAUUCCCAAAUGAGGUUCUUACGCAUAUAUUAUCCCACUUGCCUCCGCAAUCCUUGUCGGUCAUUACUUUGGUGUCCCGCCGAUUUCACACGCUGGUGACGACUCCACACGCCUGGAGAAUCGCCUUUUCACGUUUCUUCCCGGGUCCACACACUGUGGAAAGUGCAAAUCGCCCAGAAGCAGACCUCACGUCGGAUAGGCGAUUUUUUACGAGGUUGACUGCGCUGGCUUCCUGGCGCAGUGAAUAUAUCCUGCGUACCCGUUUGAUUCGGUCAUUAUCUCGAGGCAAACCAGCAGACUUCCAACCUUCUAAGAAGCAUGGUACGGUGCGCUCAACCAAUUCUCGCAAUGGCAGUGCAGUAUCCACAUACACUUCGCAACUUUUGUACCCAGUCAGUCAUAUUCACGGUUCGUUCGGCACAGGAUCUGAGAAAGAGCCGCUUUUCAUCCAUGGGGCUUCGGAACAAGGUAUCUCCUCUGCCAGCGUUCCCUCAGCUGUCAAAGUCGGCACCUGGGGGCUGUCCGACCACCAGAUGUUUCGACACUUUGCAGACCUCUUUCCGGGGGAUUCACCCUUUGGCCUUGGACCCGGUAAUAUAGUCGGUGUGCCCAACUCGAUGGACGUCAGCCAGCCCUAUGGCAUGAUUUACGGCGAGGGUUGUCCACAAGGGCGCAGCUAUUUCAUCUCAACGACAGAGCAGCGAGGGCGCUUCCUGGGAGGCUCUGAUCUGGGCUCACAUCCGCACUUAGGUAUUCCUGCACUGAACAUGAUCACACACUCGAUUUGCUCGGUUUGGAUUGCCAAGUCGUUCCCUAUCCUUCAAAUGACCGGCGGGCUCAUGGGCAUGCUGUCUGGGUCGUCUUCGGGUGUUCUCACCGCGUAUGCCUUGGGUCCUCAUCCGACGUACGAGAAACGCUACGAGCGAGGCCAGGUCACCGCUAGAUGGGUUCUGAGCCCCGGUGUUCCUAUUAUCGGGAUUUGUGUCGACGACAACUACUCGCCGAAGCGUCAGGGGCAGGGGCGAAUCUGGGCUGUGGCCCUCAAUGCUCUGGGUGAGGUAUUCUAUCUCACCGGCCUUCCACGCCAACCUGAUGUCGCGUGCACAGCCAAGCUCAACGCCGAACAGCUCGAUGAGUUGGCUUGGAAGACUGGCAGAAGUGUUCGCUGGGAACUGGCCGAAAUGAGUAGGCGUGAGGCACGCCCAGAUCCGUUCAGUCGGGAUCCUGUUGAUGGCAGCUACAGUCCUCGGUCCUCCUCCGACUCCAUGGGACUUGACCAACAUCAAGUUACCGCAGAGACCAAGGAAAUAGAGAGGUUUCUCUCGUUCAAGCCCAAACACUUUCGCAAGGUCUGCGAAGGUUGGGAUAUGCGGCGCGAUCUUCAAGCUGAUUUCGCCAGUGAUGAUGGGCAAGGAGCCGGUGAAUCAGUCAUCAUAGUCGCUCGUGGUGCGAAUGAAGAUACAAAGCCGUCUGUUCGACGAUUUGUGCGUAUCGCCUGCAAGUCGGAUCUGUCUUCUCCGGGCAUGCCAGAGCUUUGUCCUCGCUCUGUGAACGAGAAAAUUCCAACGUCCAUCUUCGGCGGCCCAAUGAGCCCGUCGAGCCCGGCGGGGAGUAACAGCCCUCCACCGUCUCGGUCUUCGAGUCGGUUGAUCGAUCCUGUUUCGCCCUCCAAUACGGAAUGGCGCAUCUCCGAAUUCGUCUUCGGAGAUCGGAAGCCCGGGGAAAUCACCACUAGCGGUCUCGAUGUUUCCACCUUGGCACUUCUGACAGCCGAGGAAGAUCCUCUUCUGGCUAUGUCUGCGAGCUCGUUCUCCUCAGCCGGUUCAUCGCCGAUGAUGCCUCAUAUGGAACAGCCACGAUCGAACUUCGAAAUCCCCGGGCAACGUGCUCGAUACUUAGCUGUUGGAACCAUCACUGGAAUGAUUUUCAUCUGGGAUAUUCGGGCCCCCGCGGCGCAGACUACCGAUGUGAUUAAUUCUGUCCCCCCGCUGCGCGUUAUCCAAACGGACUCGCCCCAGGUGUCUUGUGUGGCACUGACUUCGCUGUACCUGGUGCAUGGGGGUAACGAUGGCCUUGUCCAGGCUUGGGAUCCAUUGGCAUCAUCUACACGACCGAUUCGGACCAUUAACUCUCGCUUCUCUUCUCGGGCUCGCCGUCGGCUUGUGCAGGCGGAAGCCUCGAUGCUCGGCGUGGGGAAUAACUACUAUGCCACCGGAGCCAUCUGCCUCGACCCGGACUCUACUGUUCUGCGUGGGAUGGUAUCACUUGGUACGCAUCUCCGCUACUGGUCAUACAGUUCAUCGUCCGCGGAUCAGUACAAGAGCGGCAAACGUCGACUCCGCCGUUUGCAACGGGGUAGUAAUGGCGCAUCCGAGGGACAGCGCUUCAAUACCAGUGGCCGGGGAGCAAUUCAGGACUACAUUGAAGAUGAACGUGUGGAGAUGGAGCGGCAGAAAAUUGCCGACGAGAAAGAUCGAGCGCACCUCAAUGCACGGUUCGGAGUUGAUCUCCUGGGCCCGGAUAUCGACGAGGACCAGCUUCUGGCGUACGCCCAACUCUUGAGCGAAGAGUCCUAUACCGGCGACGCGAGCAAGCGUGGAGACUCGGCAGCAACUGCCAGCUCUGUUGCCAGCACCUCUCCUAGCGACAUAGCCGGACCCAGCUCGUAUGGUGUGGGUGAGGGCUCUUCCUCUUGCUCUCCCUAUCUAGAUCCUGCGGAUGAAAAUACCGACGACGAUAUGGCUGAGGCAAUUCGACUCAGUCUGCUAGAUGACAAGCCUGCUGCGCCACCAAUUGACCGGACGCCAUCCAUCCCUAUCAAAUACGCCAAAGGGUUGCAGCCGCCCAGUACAUCAUCGCCUGCAGCGGGGGGUGCUGAGAGUAGCAGACAAACGGAAAUGGAUGACUUGGAAUUCGCCAUUCAGCUGAGCCUGGCGGAGAAUCAGGGUCACGAUAAUAUCUCUCAGCAAGAAUGGGAAGAGUUUCCUGUGGUCGCACCGGGGCCCUUGUCCUCUCAGUCUUCGGGGAAGGGCAAGGGUAAAGCGAGAGCUGUCUAG